GACAGACGGGCAAAUUACACAUUCGUUUUUAUACAGCACACAUGCAUGGGAGGGUGAAUUCAGCAGCAUUGUGAACUGGGUAAACAAUCAGAUUAACGACCACCCACGGCGUUCUGUCUUGCGCUUUAUUUUUUUCUGUCAUUCUGGAGUGAGAAUAUUUCUAAGGAAAGACAAAAAGUUUUGGUUCAUGUGUAACUGGACGUCUAGGCUACCCCUUAAGGUUUGAAUAGUUUACCUAGCUCUCGUGCCACGCGAUAAAAAUCGCCUUAUCUCUGCCCAGGGGCAGAAAUCACGUCACUCUACCGUGGGGCGUAGAUAAACAUGUCAGACACGUGUAGAGAAUUCUCCAGAGGCCAGUUAGCUAAAGGGACGCAUUCUUCUGUCCGGUGCUGCUCAGCAUAACCUGCUCUCUCUCUCCCCCCUCUCUCUCUCGCGCGCGCGCUCUCUCUCCGUGGACACUAGCUGCUGCCUGUGACUUUGCGCAUCAUCUGACAGCAGAAGCACACGCACUAUCACUGACCGGAGCCUCUCCACCGCGCACUGAACAGCCACGGCGUUUCAACCUCUGCACUUUUACGCUCUCUUGCCUUUGGAGUUUUUCCUCGACCUGCCCUCUCUGGAUCUUAGAUUUUCUGCAUUUGCCAUGGCUGCCUGGACAUUUUUCUGACGAGAGUAAUGCAAAAUCGUUCGUUAUUAUUGCGCUGUUUACUUUGGUCGCGCAUUUGCAAGUCUCCUUACUUGGGAAUUUUUUGACAAAAAUGGACGUUUUGUAACCAACGUUGGAGAAGUUGAUACGCGCUCAUUGAGAGGUUAUUUUUCAGAAUUGAUAAACAUUAAAUCCAGGUUUUAAGGAUGCAUAUAAAGUGGACUGUGGGUUUUGUGCUUGGGUAUGCCAGUUUAUUUGGCACUAUGGUUAAUAUCGCAAUGGGACAGAUGCCUCAAAAUCACGGGAGGACUGCGGGUACUGAUGGUUCUACGGCCAGCAACAGGGUGCGCAGAAGAGGAAAACAGGAUGCGCUCACAGGACCAAAUGUGUGUGGAUCUCGUUUCCAUUCCUACUGCUGCCCGGGAUGGAAAACGCUGCCAGGGGGCAACCAGUGUAUCGUGCCCAUAUGCCGAAACAGCUGUGGAGAUGGCUUCUGCUCACGCCCAAACAUGUGCACUUGUCCAAGUGGCCACAUCGCCCCAGCCUGUGGAGCUAAAUCCCCCCAGCAGUGUAGCAUCAGGUGCAUGAAUGGUGGAGCGUGCAUGGAGGACCACUGCCAGUGUCCUAAGGGGUACACAGGAGCCCACUGCGGACAGCCCGUCUGUGAGAAACAGUGCCAGAACGGUGGGCGCUGCAUCGGACCCAACCGGUGUGCCUGCGUCUACGGCUUCACCGGGCCCCAGUGCGAGAGAGACUACAGGACGGGGCCGUGCUUCACCCAGGUGAACAACCAGAUGUGCCAGGGCCAGGUGAGCGGCAUCGUGUGCACCAAGACGCUGUGCUGUGCCACGGUGGGCCGGGCGUGGGGGCACCCAUGUGAGAUGUGCCCCGCCCAGCCACAGCCCUGCCGCCGCGGCUUCAUACCCAACAUCCGCACCGGAGCCUGCCAGGAUGUUGACGAAUGCCAGGCCAUCCCAGGGCUGUGCCAAGGGGGCAACUGCGUUAACACCGUGGGAUCGUACGAGUGCAAGUGCCCCACUGGCCAUCGCCAGAACGAGGCCAGUCAGAAGUGUGAAGAUGUGGACGAGUGUGCUACCAUCCCGCAUGUGUGUGAGGGCGGGCGGUGUGUGAACACGCCGGGCAGCUUCUCGUGUGUGUGCCCGCCUGGUCUGGCCACUGCAGACAAGACCCGCUGUCUCGACCAGCAGUCUGGGCUCUGCUUCUCUGGGCUGCUGAAUGGCCGCUGUACCCAGGAGCUGCCGGGCCGCUUCGGUAAGGCCCAGUGCUGCUGCGACGCGGGCCGCUGCUGGGCCAGGGGGAACCUGCCGGAACUCUGCCCCGUACCUGGAUCCGAGGCGUACCAGAGGCUGUGUCAGGAGGGGGCCCCGGUGCGGCCGUACCCAGAGGGGGAUCCAGUUAUCAUGGGCGGCCGAGUCCCCUACCACCAGGGCCCCAAGGACUACGACCCCACGCUCACCAUCAACGGCCGGCGGAUCAACAACGGAAACGGACACCACUACCCCCAGGUCCCCGUCAAUGGCAACGGCGGCCACGGGAGAAUACCCACUCUCAAUGGCAAUGGCGGACACCAAAUACCCCAGCAGUACGACUAUGCUACUCUGAACCAGACGGUAGACUACUGCAGGCAGCUUCCUAACCUCUGCAUCAAUGGCCGCUGCAUCCCCGUGGCCUCCAGCUAUCGCUGUGAAUGCAACAAGGGCUACAUGCUGGAUGUCAGAGGAGACUGCAUAGAUUUCGAUGAGUGUGUGUCGGACCCCUGCUCCAACGGGGACUGUGUCAACACAGCCGGCUCCUUCUACUGCAAGUGCCACACCGGAUUCCUCAGGACGCCCAACAAACACACCUGCAUAGACAUCGACGAGUGCCUGCACAACGGGGUGCUGUGCAACAACGGCCGCUGCCUGAAUACGGAGGGCAGCUUCCAGUGCAUCUGCAACGCAGGCUUCCAGCUCACCCCCGACAACAGGAACUGCGUGGAUCAUGAUGAGUGUGCCACCACCAACAUGUGUCUGAACGGCAUGUGCAUCAAUGAGGACGGCAGCUUCAAGUGCAUCUGCAAACCUGGCUUCACGCUGGCCUCCAGUGGACGAUACUGCAUAGAUAUUGAUGAGUGUCAGACCCCUGGCAUGUGCAUGAAUGGCCGCUGUGUGAAUACUGAUGGUUCCUUCCGCUGUGAGUGCAUGGCCGGACUCGCUGUCAGCACAGACGGACGCUCUUGUGUGGACACCCACAUGCGCAGCACCUGCUACGGUGCGAUCAGGAAGGGUGUGUGUGUGCGGCCGUUCCAGGGGGCGGUCACCAAGUCGGAGUGCUGCUGUGCCAGUACAGAUUACAGCUUCGGGGAGCCGUGCAACCCAUGCCCUGCCAAGAACUCAGCUGAAUUCCACGCCUUGUGUGGGAGUGGCAUUGGCUUCUCAGUGGAUGGUACAGACAUUAACGAGUGUGCGCUGGACCCUGAGAUCUGCUCCAACGGCGUGUGUGAGAACAUGAGAGGGAGCUACCGCUGCAUCUGCAACACGGGCUACGAGAGCGACAGCAGCGGCAGGAGAUGUGUCGAUAUUGACGAGUGCCUGGUGAACCGGUUGCUAUGUGACAACGGCCUGUGCCGGAAUGUUCCAGGGAGCUACAGCUGCACCUGUCCCAAAGGCUACGUCUUCAGGCAGGACUCAGAGACCUGCGAAGAUGUGAAUGAGUGUGAGACCAACCCGUGUGCGAAUGGGCUGUGUAAGAACAAUGCUGGCUCCUUCUCCUGCGAGUGCUCGCCAGGCAGCAAGCUGGACUCCACCGGACUCAUCUGCAUCGACAGUGCCAAAGGCACCUGCUGGCUCCACAUCCAAGAUGGCCGCUGUGAGGUGAACAUCAACGGCGGCACGCUGAAGUCGGAGUGCUGUGCCACACUGGGGGCCGCCUGGGGCAGCCCGUGCGAACAGUGCGAGAUCGAUCCGGCGUGCUCCAGAGGUUUUGCUCGUCCAAAGGGGGUCACAUGCGAAGAUGUGAAUGAGUGCCAGGUGUUCCCGGGAGUGUGUGUUAACGGGCAGUGCAUCAACACCCGCGGCUCCUUCAAGUGCCAGUGUCCUGAAGGCCUUACUCUGGACUCCACCGGCCGCCUGUGUGUCGACGUGCGUUCUGAGCACUGCUACCUGACGUAUGACGAGGACACCUGCACCAAGCCGGUGUCGGGCCGCUUCCGCAUGGACGCCUGCUGCUGCACGCUGGGCGCCGCCUGGGGCAAGGAGUGCGACGCCUGCCCCGAGCCCGGAACCCGGGACUUUGACCUGCUGUGCCCGCGCGGACCCGGCUUCGCCAACCGAGGAGACGUGCUCACCGGCAGACCGUUUUACAAGGACAUCAACGAGUGCAAGACGUUCCCCAGCAUCUGCAUGCAUGGCAAGUGCCGCAACACCAUCGGCAGCUUCAGGUGCAGGUGUGACAGCGGCUUCGCUCUGGACAUGGAGGAACGCAACUGCACUGAUAUCGAUGAGUGCCGCAUCUCUCCAGACCUGUGUGGCCACGGUGCCUGUGUGAACACUCCCGGCAGCUUUGAGUGUGAGUGCUUCGAGGGCUACGAGAGCGGCUUCAUGAUGAUGAAGAACUGCAUGGACAUUGAUGAGUGUGAGCGUAACCCGGGCCUGUGUCGCGGCGGCUCGUGUGAGAACACUGAGGGGAGCUACCAGUGUGUGUGUCCCCACGGCCACCAGCUAUCCGUAGACGGGAACGCCUGCGAGGACGUGAAUGAGUGUGAGCUGAGCUCAUCUCUGUGUCGUCACGGCACGUGUGUGAACGUGGUGGGGACCUACCGCUGCACCUGUGACUCCGGCUACCAGGCCACUCCUGACAUGCAGGGCUGCACAGACAUUGAUGAGUGCACCAUAGAGAACGGUGGCUGUGAUACACACUGCACCAACUCAGAGGGGAGCUACGAGUGCAGCUGUGGACAAGGAUACGCACUCAUGCCCGACCAGAGAAGCUGUGCCGAUGUGGAUGAGUGUGAGGAUGAGCCAGGUAUAUGUGAUGGAGGCCAGUGUACCAAUCUGCCUGGAGAGUACCACUGUCUGUGCUUCGACGGCUUCAUGGCAUCACUGGACAUGAGGAGCUGCAUAGACGUGAACGAGUGUGAUCUGAACCCCAACCUGUGCAUGUCUGGCGAGUGUGAGAACACCAAGGGCUCCUUCAUCUGCCACUGUGACGUCGGCUACUCCGUCAAGAUCGGCACAUCUGGCUGCACAGAUGUGGAUGAGUGUGAGGUGGGGGCCCAUAACUGCCAUGCCCACGCCACCUGUCUCAACACGCCUGGAAGCUUCCGCUGCUCCUGUCAAGAGGGCUGGGUAGGCAACGGGGUGAAGUGUGUUGACCUUGAUGAGUGUAUGAAUGGGACGCACCACUGCAGUGCCAGUGCUGAGUGUGUCAACACGCCUGGAUCGUACCGCUGCACAUGCUCCCCUGGCUUCACUGGAGACGGGAUUACCUGCACAGAUGUUGAUGAGUGUGCGGACAAUGGGAACUACUGUGACAAUGGCCACUGCCUGAACAUGCCAGGAGGCUACCGCUGUGAAUGUGAAAUGGGCUUCGUACCCUCUCCUGACAGUAAAACCUGCCAAGAUAUCGAUGAGUGCACGUUCCACAGCAUCUGUGUGUUCGGCACCUGCAAGAACCUGCCUGGAAUGUUCCGGUGCAUUUGUGACGAGGGCUAUGAGCUGGACAGAUCUGGGGGAAACUGCACAGAUGUGGAUGAGUGUAUGGACCCCAUCAACUGUGUCAACGGCCUUUGUGUGAACAUCCCCGGCUCCUAUGAGUGCAACUGCCCCACUGACUUCGAGCUGAACCCCACUGGAGUCGGUUGUGUUGAUACGCGCGUGGGUAACUGCUUCCGGGAGGCGACUCCUCGUGGGCGCGGCAGCCUGUCCUGCAGUGUGGACGUGGGGGUGGGGGUCAGCCGCUCCUCCUGCUGCUGCUCCCUGGGAAGAGCCUGGGGAAACCCCUGCGAACUCUGCCCCCCCAUCAACUCCUCGGACUACAACACCUUGUGCCCAGGUGGAGAAGGCUUCAGACCAAACCCCAUCACCAUCAUCCUGGAAGACAUUGAUGAGUGCCAGGAGCUGCCAGGUCUGUGCCAGGGGGGCAACUGUGUCAACACUUUCGGCAGUUUCCAGUGUGACUGUCCUCCUGGUUACUACCUCAAUGUAGACAGCCGCAUCUGUGAAGACAUUGAUGAGUGUGUAGUGAACCCAGGCAUCUGCGGCCCCGGCACCUGCUACAACACGCUGGGCAACUACACCUGCGUGUGUCCACAGGAGUACAUGCAGGUCAAUGGAGGCAACAACUGCAUGGACAUGAGGAAGAGCCUGUGUUACAGGAACUUCAAUGGCACUGUGUGUGAGAACGAGCUGGCCUUCAACCUGACGCGUCGUCUCUGUUGCUGCUCCUACAAUGUGGGCAAGGCCUGGAACAAGCCCUGCGAGGCCUGCCCCACCCCCGCCACAGAUGAAUACAGAGUCCUCUGUGGCAACAUCGUGCCAGGGUUCAAACUGGACAUCGAAACCGGGAAAGCCAUAGACAUUGAUGAGUGUCGUGAGAUCCCGGGUAUCUGUGCCAACGGCGUGUGUAUCAACCAGAUCGGCAGCUUCCGCUGUGAAUGCCCCACCGGUUUCAGCUACAACGACCUGCUGCUUGUGUGUGAAGACAUAGAUGAGUGUAGCAGUGGUGAGAAUCUGUGCCAGAGGAACGCAGACUGCAUCAACAGUCCUGGGAGCUACCGCUGCGAAUGUGCAGACGGAUUCAACCUCUCCCCCACCGGCGCCUGCAUUGACCGUAAUGAGUGCCUGGAGAUCCCCAACGUGUGCAGUCAUGGCGAGUGUGUUGACAUCCAGGGGGGCUACGAGUGCGUGUGCCACAAUGGCUUCAGGGUGUCCGUCAACCGCAAGAUGUGCUUGGACAUUGACGAGUGUGUGCGUAGUCCUUGUGGGAACGGCACAUGCAAGAACACCGUCGGCUCCUUCAACUGCCUCUGCCACCCUGGCUUCGAGAUCACACACAACAAUGACUGCACAGACAUUGAUGAGUGUUCAACAUCGUAUGGCCAGCUGUGUAGAAAUGGUCGCUGCAUUAACAGCGUGGGCUCCUUCCAGUGCCUCUGUGACGAGGGGUAUGAGCCCCACCUGGACGGCAAGAACUGUGUCGAUGUGAAUGAGUGUGUGAUUCUUCCUGGUGCCUGCGCUCCCGGCACGUGUCAGAACCUGGACGGCUCCUUCCGCUGUAUCUGUCCAGACGGGUACAGGGUGCUGAACGAACAAUGUGUAGAUGUCAAUGAGUGUGUGGAGGACCCUAACAUCUGUCUGUUUGGGACCUGCUUCAACAACCCUGGCAGCUUCGAGUGUGUUUGUAAACCUGGCUUCAUCCUGUCGGAGAACGGCCGCAGAUGUUAUGAUAAACGAGAGAGCUACUGCUUCACACGCUUUGAGAACGGCAAGUGUUCUCUGCCGCAGGCCUUCAACACCACCAAGGCCAAGUGUUGCUGUAGCAACAUGCCCAAGGAGGGCUGGGGAGACCCCUGCGAACUCUGCCCCAAGGAGACAGAUGCUGGCUUCAAGGACCUGUGUCCAUUUGGCUUUGGAAUCAUCCCUGGCUUUGACGACUCGCGUAUAGACCUGAAUGAAUGCGUGGAGAAUCCCGGCAUCUGCUUCAAUGGCCACUGCAUCAACACGGACGGCUCCUUCCGCUGCGAAUGCCCCAUGGGCUACCGGCUGAACUACACCGGCGUGCACUGCAUCGACAUUGAUGAGUGCCAGGUGGGGAACCCCUGUGGAAAUGGUACCUGCACCAAUGUGAUCGGGGGCUUUGAGUGCAACUGCGACGAGGGCUUCGAGCCGGGACCCAUGAUGACCUGUGAAGACGUUAACGAGUGUGCUACGAACCCGCUGCUGUGUGCCUUCCGCUGCAUCAACACCUAUGGCAGCUAUGAGUGCAGCUGCCCCGCAGGAUACACGCUCAGAGAGGACGGACGCAUGUGCAAAGACCUGGAUGAGUGUGCGGAGGGCCUGCAUGACUGUGAGUCUCGUGGCAUGGCCUGUAAGAACCUCAUUGGCACCUUCAUGUGUGUGUGCCCGCCAGGCAUGACGAGGCGCCUGGAUGACGAAGUGUGUCAAGAUGAGAAUGAGUGUCGCACUAAGCCUGGUAUAUGUGAGAAUGGCCGCUGUGUGAAUACCAUUGGCAGCUAUACAUGUGACUGUGGGGAGGGCUUCCAGCCAGACUCUACCCGUACUCAGUGCUUAGAUUACCGUGAGGGCUUCUGCUUCACGGAGGUGCUCCAGACCAUGUGCCAGAUGUCCUCCAGCAGCAGGACCCCCUCCACUAAGUCCCAGUGCUGCUGUGACGGGGGCCGCGGAUGGGGCAACCAGUGCGAACUCUGCCCCCUGCCCGGCACCGCCAAGUACAAGAAGCUAUGCCCACAUGGGCAUGGUUACUCCACUGAUGGCAGAGACAUAGACGAGUGUAAGCUGAUCCCGGACGUGUGUAGGAACGGCAGGUGCAUCAACACCAUGGGCUCCUAUAAAUGCCACUGCUUGCCUGGAUACACCACCUCCAUCAGCGGCACAUCAUGCGUCGAUACGGACGAGUGUGCCAUGUCUCCCAAGCCGUGCAACUUCAUCUGCAAGAACACAGAGGGCAGCUACGUGUGCUCCUGUCCCAGAGGCUACAUACUACAGGAGGAUGGCAGGACCUGCAAAGAUCUGGAUGAGUGUCAGACCAAGAAGCACAACUGCCAGUUCAUCUGUGUCAACACCAUCGGAGGCUUCACCUGCAAGUGUCCUCCUGGAUUCGCACAGCACCACACCGCUUGCAUUGAUAAUAAUGAGUGUGCUGCUGAGCCGACCCUGUGUGGAGCUAAGGGCAUCUGCCAGAACACGCCCGGCAGCUUCAACUGCGACUGCCAGCACGGAUACUCACUAGACAACACCGGGAUACACUGCGAAGAUGUGGAUGAGUGUAAGAGUACCCACAGGUGCCAGUAUGGCUGCCAGAACAUGAUGGGGGGAUACCGCUGCAGCUGUCCCCAGGGCUACACACAACACUAUCAGUGGAAUCAGUGUGUUGAUGAGAACGAGUGCUCCAACCCCACCAGCUGUGGCUCGGCGUCCUGCUACAACACGCUGGGCAGCUUCAAGUGUGCCUGCCCCUCCGGCUUCUCCUUCGACCAGUUCAGCAGCAGCUGCCACGACGUGGACGAGUGCUCGUCCCGCAAGAACCCCUGCAACUACGGCUGCUCCAACACCGAUGGAGGGUACCUGUGUGGGUGCCCCCCUGGUUACUUUAGAGUGGGACAAGGGCACUGCGUGUCUGGCUCUGGCUUUGGUAAGGGUGUGUUCCGGCCCCCUGUGGGAGGAGGAGGAGGUGGUGAGGGGGGUGUGGAUGAGGAGAACAGCCUGUCUCCUGAGGCCUGCUACGAGUGCAAGAUCAACGGACACAGCAAGAGGGCCGCACGCAGCAGGAGAGAGGCCAACCACACCACGCCAGGAGAGGAGGCCCCAGAGGAGGAGCAGGAGGAGGUGUUGCAUGAGGAGGUGAACCUGGCCAGUCUGGACCUGGAGGCGCCGCUGUCCCUGGUGCUGAACUCCAGCCAGCUGCUGGACCCCCGGGAGCACCUGCUGGAGCUGAGGCCCGCACUGCGCCCCCUGCAGGGACACGUGCGCUACUCCAUCUCCGGAGGCAGCGGCGCUCACCUCUUCCGCCUGGAGCAGAGGGACGGCCUGACUUACCUCCACCUGGCGUCCGCAGCAGAUUCACCCGGCCCGGGGGUGGUGGGGCCGGCGCUAGGGGACGAUGGACCAGAGGGACAGGCUGGUGAUAGUGUUGGUGUUGGUGGUGGUGUUGGUGGUGGAGCGUGGCUGCCACAGGGCGCGGCGGCGGCGGCAGGUGGGGCUCCCUGGUCGCGGCACAGGCCUCCGGAGCCGGGCAGCUACGUGCUGGAGAUCAGCAGUAAGCCGCUGUACGGGCCGGCUCAGCUCCGGGAGCUGCGCAGCAGCAAGGACAGAGACUACCUCUCGGGAGAGCUGGGGGAGAACCUGCACAUGAGACUGCACAUCCGGCUGCAGGGGAACUAGUGGGGAGAUGCACCGUACGAGUGGAGAGGAGAGGACAGGAGAGUGGAGAGGAGUGUACAGGCAAACAGCUGCAGCAGAGCCAAGCAGCGGGGCUUUGUCAACUCAACAAGCUACAGUACAUUACGCUGUCGUGACACAUCAAGAAGACUCCUGUUCCUUAUCUUCCAGCAUUCCAUCUUCUGGUCUAUCUCUUUCACUUUAGUUUGUCUCAUCUAUGUAGUGCAGCUGUCUAUUUGGUUAUCUAUCUAUCUAUCUAUCUAUCUAUCUAUCUAUCUAUCUAUCUAUCUAUCUAUCUAUCUAUCUAUCUAUCUAUCUAUCUAUCUAUCUAUCUAUCUAUCUAUCUAUCUAUCUAUCUAUGCACUUUCAUCUAAACACUAUUCUUUAUUUCUGUCUUACUCUCUCUCUCUCUCUCUCUCUCUCUCUCUCUCUCUCUUUCUCUCUCUCUUUCUCAUUUUCUGUCCUCCAUCCAUCCAUUCAUCAAUUCAUCACUUCAUUCCUCCCCUGACUCUGACCAAAGA